AUGUCUGCUAAUACUGAACGCGAUGCACUUAUAUCGUCAUACUCUCAUCUGAAGGGAAUGAAACGAGAAGCCGAAGCACUUCAUUCUCUUAAGAAAAUUGCGUCGUUAGUCAAACCUAUCAUGAGAGCACGCCAUUGGCGCGUAGGUACUUUAACAGAAUUCUACCCAGACCAGCAAAAUCUACUAGGUCUUAAUGUAAAUAGAGGGCAGAAAAUAUGUCUACGGUUGAGAUAUCCUGGAGAUCAAAAUCAAUUUCUGCCGAUGGAACAGGUGGUCGAUACAAUGCUUCAUGAAUUAUGCCAUAACGAGAUCGGACCUCACAAUCAAGAAUUUCAUGCUUUAUGGGAUCAACUACGGAAGGAACAUGAAGGUUUGAUAGACAAAGGAUAUACUGGAGAAGGUUUCCUGUCAGAAGGAAAGAGUUUGGGUGGACGCAGAGUACCACGACACGAAGCAAGACGUCUAGCCCGCAUAGCUGCAGAGAAAAGACAGAACUCUCUCAAAGGAUCGGAUCAGAAGCUAGGAGGUCGGCCUGUGCUAUAUGGUACCGAUAUUCGGAAGGUUAUCGUAGAUGCGAUCGAGCGCAGAAACAAAGUGCUCAAAGGUUGUGGAGACAGCAGGAUGAACCCUAUCGAGAUCAGAGACUUGGCCGAUGAAGCUACACACAAUGGAUUCAAAACUGUAGCAGAAGAAGAUUCAGCUAACGACGCAGCAAUUGCUCAAGCUAUGUGGGAGCUUGUUCAAGAAGAUCAAAAAAAAGAGUAUGGAGACCUUUAUAUUCCUCCUUCUGUCCAAAACCCUGCGGGAAUAAGCGGUGGUAAUGUUGGGGGGCGGGCAUUGGAUGAGAAUUCCAAGUCGACGUCUGAAAACCCUUCAACUAGACGACCCGCAUCUUCGACUUUGGCAUCGACCGGCUUGGGAACAUCUCGGCAGCCUUUGGGCCAUGUCAGUCGGCUAGUUGUCGAAAAUUCAAACAAGUCAAAAUCUCCCCCAAAACCAAAGGAUCCUCAGAAUGAAACAGCACAAGGACCAGUAUACUCUGCACCUACCUUGACAGGAUGGACAUGUACUAUAUGUACACUUCACAACCCGAUUGAUUUUUUGUGCUGCGAUGCCUGUACUACUGAGAGGCCAGAAAGCAUCACUAAGCAAGUUGAUCAAAACUCUCAGAGGAAAGCCGCAGCUAGACCUCUUCCACCCCAACCACAAAUGUGGACUUGUCGAUGGUGCAGCACCAAAAUGGAAAAUCAAUGGUGGACUUGCUCUACUUGCGGAAAAAUGAAAGAAAGUUCAUGA